AUGGAUAAAUCCAAGCGACUUUUUCUUAAGCCCAAGCGAUCUCUUCGUAGGCGUCUGCCCCCGAUUGGAUCGGGGGAUCGAAUUGAUUAUAGAAACAUGAGUUUAAUUAGUCGAUUUAUUAGUGAACAAGGAAAAAUAUUAUCUAGACGGGUGAAUAGAUUGACUUUAAAACAACAACGAUUAAUUACCAUUGCUAUAAAACAAGCUCGUAUUUUAUCUUCAUUACCCUUUCUUAAUAAUGAAAGACAAUUUGAAAAAAACGAGUUGGUCGCUCGAACUACGGGUCUUAGAACCAGAAAAAAAUAG